UGCUCCAAUAGGCCAAGGUUAUGGUCUUACUGAAACCUGUGCUGGUGGAACAUUCAGUGAUUAUGAUGAUACUUCUGUCGGACGUGUUGGUCCUCCACUCCCCUGCUCAUACAUCAAGUUGAUAGAUUGGGCUGAGGGUGGAUAUCUAACAAGUGAUUCCCCAAUGCCUCGAGGUGAGAUUGUUAUUGGUGGACCAAAUGUUACCGUCGGAUAUUUCAAAAAUGAGGAGAAGUCGAAAGAAGUAUACAAGGUUGACGAGAGAGGAAUGAGUUGGUUCUACACAGGUGACAUAGGGCAGUUUCAUGCAGAUGGUUGCCUUGAGAUAAUUGACCGUAAAAAGGACAUUGUUAAACUUCAGCACGGAGAAUAUGUUUCCUUGGGAAAGGUCGAGGCUGCUCUUAGCAUCAGUCCCUAUGUCGACAAUAUAAUGUUGCAUGCCAAUCCUUUCCAUAGUUAUUGUGUAGCUAUAGUGGUGGCCGCUCAAGCUGCUGUGGAAGGCUGGGCUAAGAAGCACGGUAUUGACUUUGGCGAUUUCCCAGAGUUAUGUCAGAAUGAAGAAACUGUCAAGGAAGUAUAUGCUUCCUUAGUGAAGGCAGCGAAGGCUGCUCGUUUGGAAAAGUUUGAGAUCCCAGCGAAGAUCAAGUUGCUUGCGGAAGCAUGGACCCCAGAAUCAGGCCUUGUUACUGCAGCUUUGAAGCUCAAGAGGGAUGUCAUUAGGAAGGCCUUCUCAGAUGAACUAGCUCAAUUAUAUUCCUCAUGAUUAUACAGAGAUAGCAUCUCAUUUUUUUGUUUUUGGAGAAAACUAAAAUCAAGAUUCCUCAAUAAAUAUUUGUAAACUAUGGCCUUUUUUAUAUGUGAUUACUUUUGGUAUGUGGCAU